AUGUCUCUCCACGGAAUCCUGGUGGCUCUGAUCACCCCCUUCACCGAUGACAAGACCGCCAUUGACGAAAGCCGUCUCCAGGCUCACAUUGAGCACCUCAUCAAGGCCGGCGUCCACGGUCUUGUCCCCGGUGGCAGCACCGGUGAAUUCACUACUAUGACUGUCGCCGAGCGCAAGCAGCUUACCGAGCUUUGUGUCAAGUUUGCCGCUGGCCGUGUCCCCGUCGUCGCUGGAACUGGAGCUCUCUCCUCCGCCGAGACCGUUGAGCUCUCCGCACACGCAGCCAAGGCCGGUGCCGCUGCCACCAUGGUUGUGCCUCCCUUCUACGACCCCGUGACUCUCGAUGAGCUCCACGAGCUCCUCGAUGAAGUCCACAAGGCCUCAAACCUGCCCAUUGUCUACUAUAAUAUUCCCGGUGCCUCAGGUCUUAAGCUGAGCCCUACUGAGAUCGCCGGUCUUUCCAAGGUCGGCGUCAAGUACCUUAAGGAUACCUCCGGUGACGCACCUGCGUUGACAGAGCUUAUCUUCAGUCUCUCUGACCAGAUCACCUCUUUCAAUGGUUGGGAUACUCUGACUUUCUACGGUCUUGCUGCCGGUGCCCCCGGUGGUGUCUGGGGUGCGGCCAACAUUAUCCCCGAGCUCGCCGUUGAGCUUUAUAACGCAGUUGCAGUACAGGGAGACCUGAAGCGCGGAAGGGAACUCUGGGCUAAGGCUUUCCCCAUUUGCAAGUUCCUUGAGUCAAACAGCUACUCCGCAGCUGUUAAGACUGGUGUUGAGUUGAUUGGUCAACCCACUGGUGGUCUGCGCAAGCCUUUCGCUCUUCUUAACGCUGAGAAGCAGGCUGAACUCAAGCAAUUGCUGCAAAAUGCGGGUGUUAAGACUAUUUAA